AUGGAUCGCAUUAGAGAUCUAGAUGUCUCUUGGACAGACUCCAACACCCCCACGCGCCGCAACUCGGUUGACUUUUCCGUGCCUUCGCCAUCGCCUGAACACGACCCGAAGGCGUUUCUGAACCACCACGCAGCAAAAUCCGCAUCUGCAUCAACAGAUCUUCCCUCACUUCUCGAAAAGGGCAACAAAGAUGUCAGCGACGCCCAACAGGAGGAUGAUUCACAGCAGGAAUUAUCCCUCCGACAACGCCUGCAUCAUUUUACUUGGGCUUGGUUCACGCUGCCUAUGAGUGCCGGUGGUUUGGCUCUGCUGAUCCACGUGCAGCCUCAUCAGUUCGCUGGCCUGAGAACUAUUGGCAUGGUGCUCUAUUGCAUUAACUUGCUCCUCUUCACUCUUUGCUGCUUGGGUCUGGUAUGUCGUUUUUUGUUCAACGCCGGCGACUUUACCAAAUCGGUUACGCACCACCGAGAAGCCUUUUUCUUGCCGACUUUCUUCCUGGCUAUCGCUUCGCUUAUCACCAGCACCCAGCGAUAUGUCAUCCCCAAAGACGAUCCUUCAUACGUAUGGGCGACGCAGACUAUCUUUUGGACCUAUGUCAUCGUCACAUUCAUCCUUGCUAUCUGGCAGUACUCGUACCUUUUUGCUGGACACAGCUUCAGCUUACAAGCCAUGAUGCCUGGCUGGUUGCUUCCUAUCUUCCCUGUCAUGCUGGCUGGUACUGUCGCAUCUGUCAUCUUGGACACUCAGAGCCAUAUCAACCCACUUCCCAUCAUCUUUGCUGGCCUGACUUGUCAAGGCUUGGGCUUUUGUGUGUCCAUGAUGAUGUACGCUCACAUGAUUGGUCGUCUGAUGCAGUCUGGUCUUCCCAACCGUGAGCACAGAACUGCUCUGUUCAUGAACGUUGGACCGCCCUCAUUCACAGCCCUCGCUCUUAUCGGAAUGGCCAACGCACUCCCCAAGACUAUUUCCGGGGCUGACAAUCUCGCUCUCAAUGUCGACACCGUCCGCACGGUAGCUCUUCUAUGCGCUGUGUUUCUCUGGGCGUUGAGUCUCUGGUGGUUCUUCAUCGCUUUGGUUGCUGUCGUCUCGUCCCCGCCCAAGUACUUCCAUCUUGGCUGGUGGCCAAUGGUGUUUCCCAACACUGGCUUUACACUUGCCACCAUCUCCAUCGGCAAGGAGUUCAAGUGUGAGGGACUUCUCUGGGCUGCAAGCGGCAUGAGCAUUAUUCUCAUCGUCACGUUUCUUGUCGUUGUUUCGUUCAAUCUUAGAGCUGUGUUUGUGCGUGAUAUCAUGUAUCCUGGAAAAGACGAGGAUGCAGAUGAUCACUGA